UCGAAACAAUUAAAGCGAGCGGACAAGCAAAUGUACAUACGUUGUUUUUGUUUAUUAAAUUGUACUCAUUUUAAAUAUUUUUGAAUAUUUGUACACUUUUAAAAUUUGCGAUGAGAAAUUUAAAUUUUUUCUUGAUAUUUUAUUUGAGUUUGUUUAUUAAAUACUCAUAUCCUGUAAUGGGAUUUGCCCUCAAGGAUUUGGCAACAAAUACCAGUGAUGAUGGCGCUCAUCGCUCAUCCCGUACACGCACGGAAGAUGAGUUCAAAUAUGAUGGUCGCAUCGUAGGUGGCUUUGUGACAUCAAUUGCAAAUUAUCCCUAUCAGGUUUCAUUGCAAUAUCACAAUGCUCACAUUUGUGGUGGUUCAAUUGUGGCUCACAAUAUCAUUUUAACGGCAGCUCAUUGCAUUGAACAGCCCUGGGAUACGGCAGCAUUUCGUGUACGUGCCGGUUCAUCUACACAUCUCUAUGGUGGUCAAUUGGUCGGUGUCCGUCAUAUAUUUAAGCAUGAAACAUAUAGCAGUUCGACACUGGAUAGUGAUGUGGCUUUGGUGGUGCUUAAUAAAAAUCUUACUUACACACGCACGGUACAGCCAGUGGAGUUGGCCACAUGGGGAGAGCAAUUGCCAAACGAAGACAAUGAGUUCUUUGUAAGUGGUUGGGGGUUGACAAGUGAGACGGGACUAGUCUCCCCUCUACUCAACUACGUUGCUGUACGAUUAAUUAAUCAAAAUACUUGUUCAAAGAAUUAUCAAUAUAUUGCAACAAUCAGUUCAAAAAUGUUUUGUGCUGGUUACCCCCAAGGUGGCAAAGAUAGUUGUCAAGGCGAUUCUGGUGGCCCAUUGGUGAGUUAUGUUUCAUCAUCGUUGCGAUUGUCGUCAUUGCUAUUGACGUCAACAACAAAAACCGAUACCAAACCAGCAUUAGAAUUACAAGCAAAUGCUUUGAAACCGAAACAGUAUGGUAUCGUUUCAUGGGGUAUGGGUUGCGCUCAAAAGAGUUAUCCAGGUGUUUAUGCCAAUGUGGCUGCCUUAAGGCCUUGGAUAGAUGCAAAACUAAGAGAAAUUAGUUAUCUUUAAGUAUAUUUAAUUUCAUUUUAUAUUUAUUUAAUUUUAUUUUAUAUUUAUUUAAUGUAUUUAAUUUGUAAAUAAAAUGUUCUCA